AUGAUUUUGAAAUAUCUUUGGUCAGCUGUGGCUGGAGCGGCGGUAGUUGCUUCAUUCAUCGUGCUGCUCCUGGCGCUCUCAUACAUAUUUUGGGAGCGAUUCGUCAGCGUCAUGGAGGGCCUUAGUCGCGCCGAUGUGGCACUGUUCAAUCGGGAGCUGAAAAAAGGAAGUUCCUAUUAUAAAUGGAUGGAUCGUGCGGAACCGACGGGAAUGAGUGCCGUCGCCUUUGUAGCAGGCGCGGCGGUGCUCUUAAUCGUGGCCCUACUAUCAUUCCUGCCCAUGAUAAGGAUGUGGCCGCGCUGCUCCGGCCGACUGAUAGCAGCCAGAAUCGCCCUAAAAGCCGCAGUCGCUGAGGAGCCGGCCGCCGUCACGACUGGCUGUUAA